UAUUUCUGGUCUGUGGCUCAAAGGGAUCGAGAAAAAGCUCUGUCCAAUGUCCAUGGCAGCGGUCAUCAAGUUCGUAGCUUCUCCUCUACACACGUCAUUUUCAGUCAAACGGAUUCAUCAUGAACCUUUCUCUCUCAAGAACUCUUCCCCAUCUCGGACCGUGAUUGCUUCCAAAGCACCGGGUAAUUUGGAAACUCAUGGGUCUGAUCGUGUCAAUUACAAAAACAAGCGUGUUGGUUUGAUCCCUUGUUCGCUAUCUUCAAUUGAGAUUGUCCCUCAGAAGACGAAACUAAAUUUAAAUUUCGAAACUUUGUUCGGUCAACGAGCUCUGUGGCGAAAGAUCUUGUUUGAUUCUACGAAAUUUAGAAGUAUCAUUCUUCUGAAUGCCAUUACAAUCGUUUAUGCUAGUGAUAUUGCAGUUGUUAAAGAGGUUGAAAAGAUCAUGGAUCCUGCAGCUUUUAAUGUUGUGAGGUUUGUUGUGGCUGCGAUUCCGUUCACUCCUUUUGUUGUGCGGGCGUUGAAUGAUGCUAAAACGCGUAAUUCGGGGAUUGAGUUAGGUUUCUGGGUUAGUUUAGGGUAUCUAAUGCAAGCAAUUGGUCUUCUAACAUCUGAUGCUGGUCGUGCAUCAUUUAUAUCCAUUUUCACUAUAAUUGUGGUUCCAUUGCUUGAUGGUAUGCUUGGAGCUAUAAUACCUGCACGCACGUGGUUUGGAGCUUUAAUGUCUAUCUUGGGAGUCUGGAUGCUGGAAUCCAGUGGUUCUUCUCCAUGUAUUGGUGACUUGUUUAAUUUCUUAAGCGCUGUGUUCUUUGGAGUUCAUAUGCUAAGGACAGAACAUAUCUCACGAACUACAACUAAGGACAAGUUCUUACCCCUUCUAGGCUAUGAGACAUGUGUCGUUGCUCUGUUUUCGAUGGUGUGGUAUUUUGGUGGGACAUGGUCUACUAUUUUUCAAGAUUAUGACCCAUCUUCCUGGACAUGGGACUCAUCUUGGGAAUGUAUGGUUGCGUUUCCAUGGAUACCUGCGCUGUACACCGGUGCUUUUUCAACUGGUGUUUGUCUGUGGAUCGAGAUGACUGCCAUGUGUGAUGUAUCUGCCAGUGACACGGCUGUGAUCUAUGGUUUGGAGCCUCUAUGGGGUGCGGGGUUUGCAUGGUUCAUCCUUGGUGAGCGGUGGGGAACAGCUGGGUGGAUCGGAGCUGCUCUUGUGCUAGGUGGCAGCCUAAUUGUGCAGUUGUUUGGUUCUUCACCGCCACCAAAAAAUCCCUUAGAAGGUGAAGUGAGUAGAGAAGAAAAUGAUUGUGCAUCUAUUUCCAACAAGCAAAGGCGCUUCUCAACCUCACCCAUAACGGUUAGAUCGCAAAAAAACACGUCUAAACUAUUGGAGAAGUAAAAGAAGACUCGUCCAUCUGUGACUUAUUCAAGUCUCAAGAGGCGAGCCUUAGUGUUACCCUGAGGCUUGGAAUGUGAAUUAUGUAAAGUUCCCUUACAGUUUUGAGAUGUAUACUCAUCUUGAGAAGGCCUAUCUUUUGGUGGAGAUUCAGAUUCUUGGUGAAUCAGUUCCCCAAAUGAGUCUUGUCUGUGAAGAGAACAAAGAAAUUAUUAAUAUAAGCUGGCGUAAAUGCUAGGCAUGGUACA